AUGGAAGAACCUAGGCUCACGUCCCAGAGCGUGGGAUACCUCAACAGGCUAUCGUCAUUCCAGUUUCCUGUCUCUGAGGAAGACUCUCCCAUCAACAGCAGAGAGGAGUCUGUCGCGAUAGCAAAGUUCCUCUGCCGCCGCCUCACCGCCCAUGGAUGGAUAAAACCUUCUUCGGGAGAUGGCUUCCAAGGAGGCGUGGUCCUCUCCACGGACGAGGAGGACGUCUUCGUCUCAGAGCCCGAGAACUGCUACCCGGAGCUCAUACCCUUCUGCCGCAAGCUCGACAUCGGCGCGCUGUGCACCAUGCAGGGCGACGUCGUCAACGAUCUCUUGCAACGCCUCCACCCCGACACCGCCGAGGUCGUCCUGGCAGCCGACCAGGUCGUACCCAUCCUAGGUUCGCGCCGAGACCUGAUCAACUCCGACUCCAGCGUCCGCCGCCGCGACUUUGCGUGCUUCAUCAAGGACGAGAAGCUUCUCCUCGCGUGGAGUACGAAUGCCAAUGCGCUUGCGCCUCACAUGUCUCACCUCGAGACCAAGAUGAUGGAUGCGAUAUGGGGAAAGAAGCUCAGCGGCCUACCCACACCCCAGCUUCGAUCUAGACAUCCCUCUCCAGCCCCCAAUUCAUACUCCCGCCCGGGGAGCUACCCCAUUCGCGUCAUCCUCAUUGAGAUUCGUCUGCUCGGGGCUGAAGCAUACAACCGCCUAGCCCUCUUGGUAACCCUCCCUAUAUUCAUGUUCAUGGGUAUGUUUGUGUUCACGGUGUUGUUCGGAUGCUUGUUCCAGGCCUUUGGCCCCAUGCAAGACAUCAUGAGCGGCAAUACCCGCUACUUCAGCGGGCGGGCUCCAGAGCUGUGGAGGCACCCCAACAUCGAGUGGCCCCACAUCACGAUCCAGAUGCCGGUAUACAAGGAAGGCCUCAAGGGCGUCAUCAUCCCCACCAUCAAUUCCGUCUUGCCUGCCAUUCAGCACUACGAGCGCCUCGGUGGCACCGCGUCCGUCUUCGUCUGCGAGGACGGCAUGCAAGCCGUGAAGCCCGAGAUUGCCGAGAUGCGUCAGAAAUUCUACCGCGCCAACAACAUUGGUUGGGUCGCGCGUCCGCCGCACAACAAGGACGGCUUCGUCCGCGCCGGCAAGUUCAAGAAGGCGAGCAACAUGAACUACGCGCUCGACUUUAGUCUUCGGGUAGAGGACGAGCUCCUCAAGUUGUGUCGGGAGAAGGCCGCGGAACUCCAGUGCCGUCCUGAGGAGAUCUCGGUCGAUAUGGAGAAUGAACUCUAUGAGAUUGCCCUGGAGAAGAUUCUUGCCGAUGACCAGGGUCGCACCAUGGCUGCAGGUAACAUUCGCAUGGGCGACAUUAUCCUCUUGAUUGAUUGCGAUACUAGGGUGCCUAUCGACUGUCUGUCCCUUGCCGCUAUGGAAAUGGAGGAGAGCCCCGAGGUCGCCAUUAUUCAGCAUGCUUCCGGUGUUAUGAAUGUGACCAACAGCUUUUUUGAGAACGCAAUCACCUACUUCACCGACCUCGUGUACCUUCUUAUCCGGUUCUCUGUCGGCAACGGCGACUACGCACCCUUCGUCGGACACAACGCGUUCCUACGGUGGAAGGCUCUGCAAAGCGUUCGGUUCACGGAUAAGGCUGGCAAAGAACAAUUCUGGAGUGAGGAUCAUGUAUCGGAAGAUUUCGACAUGUCCCUCCGACUCCAAACCGCCGGUUUCGUUGUGCGACUUGCUACAUACGAUGACGGCGAGUUUAAGGAGGGUGUAUCCCUGACUGUUUUCGAUGAGCUCCUACGAUGGGAAAAAUACGCGUACGGUUGCUCGGAGCUGAUUUUCAACCCCGUGUAUACCUGGCUCUGGAAGGGUCCCUUCACCAAGCUUUUCCUCCGCUUCCUUUGGAGUAACAUGAAGCUCUCGUCCAAGUUCACCAUUCUCGGCUACGUCGGCACAUACUACUCCAUCGCCGCCGCGCUCCCUCUCGCCUUUGCCAACUACUUCCUCACCGGCUGGGUCGCCGCCGACAUCGACCAGGCCUACUCGCACAGCUGGAGCGUCCUCGCGGGCCAACUCGUCAUCUUCGUCGCCGCGUCCCCGGUCCUGUUCGCCUGGUACCGCCACCGCAUCGGCAACAAGAAGUUUUGGUGGGGAAUCAUCGAGGCCUGGAAGUGGCUGCCCUUCUUCGUCGUCUUUUUCGGAGGCCUGAGCUGGCAUCUGUCGUACGCCCUCCUCGCCCAUCUCCUCUGCCUUCCCAUCGAGUGGAGCAGUACCGCGAAGGAGCUUGAGGGUUCCGGCUUCUUUAUUAGUUUGGAGAAAGUUCUGUCCACUUUUAAAUGGGCGCUCCUGUUUGCGGUUCCCACGGCUGGUGCAAUGGUCUAUCUUGCUCGAUUCGCUCCUGUGGGCUGGGAGAUUACGGACUGGACGACCAUUGUGCCCCUCGCCAAUCAGAUCGGUGGCCAUAUUGGUCUCCCUCUCCUCAGCAUUUUACUCUAG